AUGGGAACUCUGUGGGGAACCAAGCAGAAUGGCGAAGACCACGAGGACCGUGAUGAGGAGCAGCUGCAACAAGAAGGACCUCGAGCAAGCUCAUCACACAGCCAACCCACUCGACGCUCAGAAGAUGCAAACGAACGGACGAGACUGUUGCCUCGCCAUGACCAAAGUCAAGCAUACUUGAGUCCGGAUGAUCCUGCUGUAUCGCCAUACAACCUAUGGAGUGUUCGAGCUCUAAGAUGGUUCGAAGUCCUUUUCCUUGUCAUCACCUGCCUAUGGUGGGUUCUCCUCUUCAUAUCUAUCUUCGUCAGCCCUCCGAGUAUGCAUUCGAGAGGGUCAGGGUUUUUUGACGUCGCCUACACUACCCUUACUAUCGGUAACAUCCUGAUCGCUCUCUUGUUCUUUGCCGUGCCUUCAACAGCCAUGAGUAUCCUUAGCAUGGCAAUAUCGGUCAUCUUGCUCAUUGACAUGAUCAUCAUUCUGGCCGUGGCUCGCAUCCGCGUCGAAGAAGGCUGGAUUGGCAUUGCCUCGGUGGUUUGGGCUGCGCUCAUUGGUUUCUACAAUAUUGUCACCAACAGGACUGUGAAAUGGGGCAAGGCUGAGGAGGAAGAGCGCCUGACUGGCCGACACGAGACAAAACGGUCACUUCGAGAAUGGUGUGCGGUGUUCACCGCCACCUUCUUCAUGGUCAUCUACGUUCUCAUCACAGUCUUGUUGACUGCUACCUUGGUCCUGCGCUCUCGCGAUGCUACGCUGGCUGCACCCGGCCAACGAUAUCUCGUGGACGGUGACAAGUAUCAAGUUCAUUUUGCAUGUGUUGGCAACCAGACCUUUACUCCAAAGGGCAAGCCCAACCCGACUGUACUACUGGAGGGCGGAUAUAUGCCAGUCGAGGACUCUUUUGAGGAGUGGGUGUAUGAUGCCUACAAGAAUGGCACUAUUCCUCGGUAUUGCUAUUGGGAUCGACCGGGUUUGGCAUGGUCGGACAACGCGCCAUCGCCCCAUUCUGCCGGUAUGUCUGCUGAUGCCAUUUCCGAGGCUCUCGCCAUCGCGGGCGAAGAUGGACCGUGGAUCUUGGUUUCCGCAGGAAUUGGCAGUGUGUAUAGCCGAGUAUUCUCUGCUCGUCAUCCACGUGCCAUUAGCGGCAUGAUGUUCAUCGAUGGGCUACACGAGGAUCUUCUCUACAAGGUGUCCAGUCCAGGUCGGGGAUUCGUCCUUUGGGGUCGCGGAAUCAUUUCUCCACUUGGCCUUGACCGACUGGCAGGUGCCUUAUUCAAAGGACGCACAAAGGAGGAUCGAGUGUUCGGCAAGUCAUCUUACCAGGGCGGGAAGUUUAUCAAGAACAAGCUGCAAGAAAACCUGGUCGCUGAUUCCUUGACCAAGAAUGAGGUUUCCAGCGCCAGAAACAUCCAAGAUCCAAAGGUGCCGCUGGUUGUGGUGACUUCUGGAGUGCACGUGCGACAAGACAAGGAUUGGGAGCGAAAGCAAGAGGAUUUGACGAAAGUCACGGACAAAUUACUUUCGUGGGAUAUCGUGAAAAGGGGCCCAAGAGAGGAGGUCUGGAGGACCUUGGAGGGCCGCACCUUGCUUGAGAAGAGACUGGGGCAGCUGUACAAGGCCUCAUGA